AUGCUCGAGAAACUAUUCGCUCACCUCAGUGCUCUGGGUGUCACGCAGUAUCGCUUGAAAGACUGCGCACUUGCAGGCACCUACGCCUUGGGCUUGGUCCUGAUAGUUCGUCGCAUCCUCAUGGGAAACAGGGGGUCGCUACCCCCUGGUCCUAAAGGCUGGCCAAUAAUCAAGAACAUCCUCGACAUUCCGGCAGAAUAUCAGUGGAAAACAUUCUUGAAGUGGAGUCGAGAGUACAGGUCAGACGUCAUAAGCCUGAAGGUUCCAGGAGCUACUCUUGUCGUUCUUAAUACGAUGAAAGCAGUGGAUGACCUGAUGGUGAAGCGAUCACAUAUUUACUCGAGCAGGCCUCGAAUGGUUAUGCUAAAUGAAGUGACGGUUAGAAUGAGACAUGACUGGAUCUUUGGAAUCAUGCCUUAUGGCGACCGGUGGAGAGCGUCCCGAAAGCUCUUUUCGCAAUACGUCGACAAAAACGGAAUCAGGCCACACCAACUCACCGCAGUUAGACGGUUCCUCCCACGACUUCUCGCCACUGGCAGCGCAGAAGACCUUGAUGGAAAGCUCCGUCUAGUCGCGGGUGAUUUUAUACUUUCGUCUGCGUACGGUCUUGAUAUCCGAGACGCCGAUAACCAUUUCGUCCGCCUCUCCCAGGAUGCCUUGAUGUCCAUCAUCCCGGGCGUCCAUCUUGGUGGAUACGUUGUCGACAUAUUCCCCAUGCUGAAGCAUCUUCCGGCAUGGUUUCCUGGUGCCGGGUUCCAACGUAUCGCGUCAAAAAGUCGCGAAAUGGUGUAUGAAGCUCGACACGCACCUUUCAAAUUUGCGCAGGAGCAGAUGGAGAAGGGUACAGCGAAGCCGUCUCUGACCUCAGCUCUUAUCCAAUCGCUAGACAAAGACAAGACUCCUGACUAUGACUGUCGUCUUGAAGCAGUACAGGACGUGUUUGCGACUAUGUAUCUUGCUGGUUCUGAGACGACCAUCAUAGCCAUGCGCAAUUUCAUUGUCGCUGUUGCCGCAUUUCCCUUGGUCUUGAAGAAAGGGCAAAUGGCGGUCGACUCUUUUCUCGACGGUCGGCUCCCCACCUUCGAAGACCGCAAAGAUUUACCUUACGUUGAUGCGCUUGUCGAAGAGACCUUACGCUGGGGCGGGUUCUCGUUCAUUGGUGUGCCGCACUGCACCAGUGAGGACGACUACUACAAUGGGUACUUCAUCCCGAAGGGGGCUCUUGUCUUAGCCAAUAUCUGGGCUGUGCUCCAGGACGAAAAUAUAUACGGGCCAAAGACGGAGAGGUUCCAGCCUGAGAGGUUCUUGUACGAGGAUGGAACGUUCAACGCGGAGAUAGACGCGGAUCCUGAAUUUGGUUUUGGGAGGAGAGUGUGUCCGGGCAAAGAUGUCGUACGGGAGGCUCUCUGGAUUCUCAUUGCGUCUUUCUUGGCCGUCUUCGAUAUUCACGAUGCGGUCGGAGAAGACGGGAAGCCUAUAGAUGUCGACAAGAUUGCGAAUUUAAGGUCCAAGUCCACCUCCUUUCUUCGCUUGCUGCCUCAUGACUGA